AUGCAACUUGUGGACGAACUCUCGAUGAUCUAUACCACCUGCCUUAUGGCCUAUGCCUCAUUCUCGUACUCCCAAAGUACCACUGUACGAGUCUGUCUCGGACUUUCGCUCACAGGUCUCGCUGUAUUCAUCACCCUGUACUACCACUACCUCCAAGACCCAGUCUUCCACCAGAAUGCCUUUGCAAUCCUUACCAAUGUCGUUUUCCUGCGCAGUAUGCACACUAUGGAAGUGACCCUCCGACCCAAAUGGCGCCACUCGACGGAGGAGGACCGCCUAGCGCGCCAGAAGAAGGGGCUCCCUGUUCCCUCGAAGGAGCGCCAGCACUAUGAGAACGUGCGCGACGAGAAGACCCUCAAGGCCAUGUGGUUCAUGGUGAUAUAUGGUCUGAGCAUGUUCUUGGGAGGUUUCCUUAUCUGGGGACUGGAUAACGUGUUCUGCUCUGAGAUCCGUCGCGCGCGCCACUUUGUUGGUCUGCCAUGGGGUCUCUUUUUAGAAGGGCAUGGCUGGUGGCAUAUCAUGACUGGCAUCGGUGCCUACCUCUAUAUCACAUGGGGAAUCUGGCUCCGCCAUUGCCUCAACAUUCGACAAGGCGAAUACCACCUGCGCUGGGCGCACUUUUGGCACAUCCCAGAAGUGAUACGCACCUCAGGGGGGACAUCCGAGGACGGGGUAUCCCGAGCCAAGAAGUCAGCGUGA